UAGAGACAGGACUUCUGAGAUCAGAGAAAAUAGAAGCUGACACAAGUCGGAUAUCAGAGGUGAAGACUGCCGCAAUGAGAGUCAUAUGCAUCCUCAUUGCUUUGGGUUUAGUGGUAUCGAUCGAAAGAAAACGAAGAAGAGCAUGUAUUCCACAUCCAACAGUAACAUGUGAGAGAAACACAAUACCCAAAUGGAACUGCCCAAACGCAUACAAAUGUAAAAAGACUUCAGGAAAUUGUUGUAGAUAUAAAAGUUUCCCAAAAGGAUGCAGACCCGAAAUUGACUCAACAGGAACUCCAUACAAAUGCCGAGGAGGAGGAAGCCAAAGAUGUUCUGCUGGAUAUGUUUGUGUCAGUGACCCUUCUGGAAGAAAUCUCUUUAGCGUGUGCUGCGAAGACUUCAUCUGCUAUGAUAAAUCAGCAAAACUACAUAGAGCAUAUGAAGGCCAAUGGACUGAACCUGAUGGCUGUACUGUAUGUACCUGUGAAUCUCAUAACAAUACCAAAUGUGAUGACUCAAGAUGUGUAAAUAGAUGUGGUAAAUAUUCGGAUUUUUCCUCAUGCCCCUUGAAAACAUGUGGAAAACAGGUCCAGAUAAGAAAAUGUACAAAUUCAAAUAGUAACACCAUAUCACAACGUAAUGCUGAACUGAACAUGGUAGUAUGUCACCCCAAGUCCCCUGCCCAAUGUCCACAGCCAGGAGUUGCUCUCACAGAAUCAAUUGCAAUAAUAUUCGGAGGAAAUGAAGUAAUGCCAGUGCAUAAUUAUCGAUGGAUGGUUCAUUUUUCUUCCCAGGGUCAGGUUCAUUGUGGUGGCUCAAUCAUCAGUCCAAUCCAUAUUUUAACAGCUGCCCACUGUUUUGUUAACGGACUCACUUUUGAGAAAAUGUCGAUUGAAUAUAUUGCAAGAUUCAUCAAAGUUGAAACUGGUAAACAUGAUCUAAGAGUAAACGAAACAUAUGAACAAAUUCCUACAAUUAAAAGUGUUACGCUUCAUGAAGGGUAUAAUACUUAUUCGUUUGGGUAUAAUAAUGAACAUGAUAUUGCUAUUGUUACAUUGGAUUCACCGCUUCAGUUUAAUCUUCAUACACACCCAAUCAAACUUCCAACUGGGAACUUCAAUAAUCAUACCAUCAAAAAGUUAAGGAAAGGUAUUUGUAAAGUACUAGGAUGGGGAAUGGUGAGCAAAACAACUUUUUCAAAUGUCUUGAUGAUGAUUCAGAUAAAUAUUGAAAAUGAAUGUAAUCUUAAAUCGAAUAAAGAUAAAGAAAGAGUGACAGAUAAUAUGUUCUGUGCUAGUGCUGUAGACCCCAUUAAAAUUGAUAGAAAACUAGAUUCAUGCCGUGGUGAUUCUGGGGGACCUUUCAUGUGCCGCGAAGGGACAACAUGGUAUCAGUAUGGCAUAGUAAGCUGGGGACCUCGUACAUGUGGGAAACAAUCUGGGGUCUAUAUCAAAGUACCUAACUAUAUAGAUUGGAUCACAAAAAUCAUCUCAACUCCUGGGGGCUGGGGGGAG